CCAGAUUCUACCGUCUCUGCGCUCAACAGUAAAUAAGAACAAUUUACCCCUUUGUAUACUGGCUCCUGUUACUGUGAAGAUCUUGUACAAUUCACAUCACUGCGUUUGUUAGUAAAGGUUAAACAUUAUAAGAAUAUCUGACCAAUUCAGUUGUGCUGAACAAGACAAUGUCUGCCAAGACUGAGAGCCAAACCUCAGACCUUCCUGAUGCACACGGAGAUGAAGAUAACACUGAUAUAGAGAAAGUUUAUAUAAAAGAAGGUCUGUGCGUGAGCCGUCAGAUGAGAGCAACAGAUGAAGAAACCAGUGACAGUAUCAGCUCAGAUGAAGAUAACACUGAUAUAGAGAAAGUUUAUAUAAAAGAAGGUCUGUGCGUGAGCCGUCAGAUGAGAGCAACAGAUGAAGAAACCAGUGACAGUAUCAGCUCAGGCCGUACGGAUGUAACGCCUACAGAUGGCUCAGCUGAUGAGUACGGAGGAGAACCAUAUGUGUGUGAUCAGGUAAUGUCACAAACUGCAGUAAUCCUAGUCAUGGUCAGCGUGCUGAUGCUUAUUUUAGUCUUCUUCAAAAUAGAAGAAGACACGUGGGAAAUUUAUGUUCUGAAUGUGGGAAAUGUUUUACUUGGAAAUCACAUCUUGUUAGUCAUCAGAAAACUCAUACAGGAAAAAGAGGAUUUUCAUGUUCUGAAUGUGGGAAAUAUUUUACUACAAAAUCCUCUCUUACUAGACAUCAGAAAAAUCAUACAGGGGAAAAAACAUUUUCAUGUUCUGACUGUGAGAGAUGUUUUACUCUGAAAUCCCAUCUUAUUACGCAUCAGAAAAUUCAUACAAGAGAGAGAG